CAAGGGGAAGCUACUCUGCAAUAUCAUUAAAAGGCGGCAUCUAUUGCGAAGGUUUACUUUAAUGACCCCUCAAAAAUAAAUUGGCGUUCGAUGACCAUAUAAAUAUUUGUUUUCUUUUUCGUUAUCUUUAACGAGAAUAGUUUAGUUAUUGUAUUUAUCCUUCGAAAUUAGCAGCUUGCUAAGACGCUGUAAGUCGGAUAUUUGUGGUCGCACGGACCUUAAUUUAGUCCGUCCGUAGUAUGUACUGUAUUAACUGUUCGCGUUCUUCACUACCCUUUUAUAUUGAUGAUAGCAUUUAUAUCCAACAUUGGUAAUGAAAUUGUGUACACUUCUCACUCUCUGAAAAUUUCGCCAUUAAAUUAAGUAAUGAGUCAUGGCAGCUGCUCCUUCGUGGGACGAGUUUGUUACGGUUACAGCGCGGAUUUUGUGUCAUCAUCAAAGCCAGGUGCAAAGUGCUUUACAUGCAGGCGUCUGAGCAGACCUCUUAUAAAGGAGCAUCUUCUUCAGAGUGGGCUGUUCAGUGGAGUGUGUCUACUGUCGCCACAAGGGGAGAGCAUCUAUACAUAUGGUUCCUUGCAGCAUUUGUUCAAAGAUGAUGCUCAGCAGUUUUUGAGAGCCUUUAGAACAAUAUCAAAAAAAGCAGAGGAAGAAACUAUACAAAAGGGUUUCCACCUGAGUCUUGAUUUGAGCCUGAAAAAUAAGGUUUUCAAGAUCUAUCACAAGACGUACACCAGCAUCUACUCAGUGUCAACUGACAAUCAGAUGGGUUUGCUUGUCAGCAAGUUACCAUAUGCUGUGAUGGUCUGUGUGUAUUCUUCUCCAGUAACCUCUGCUAAAGCUGUCAAACAGCUGGAAUACUUCUGUGACAAAAUGCAUUCUUAAAAUUAAUUGUAGCAUCUGGUUAUUGUCUUAAAAGAUUCAAAAUAAAAAAAGAAAGUAAAAAGGUUUACAGCAGCUACCAAAUGCAGCAUAAACUUUUCCAUGAAGAGUAUCUGCAUUGUAUGGUUCAUGAUGUACUAUCUGCAUUCCUAUGAAUGUUCUUGUGUUUCUAAGUAUUGUUAUGGUGCCUCAUAAUGUUUGGACUCAUACUUAUAAUUCACUUUUACUUAGAAACAUAUUGUACAGAUCAAAAUUAACUUCAAGUAGUACAAUGUCUUUUGCUGUAAACGUCUUUAUCACUGUGUUCCUGAUGACCUUCCUGCCUUGACCUCCAGACUCCAUUCUGCCCACUUCAUUCAGUGGCUGAUACACACCUACUUCCCAUUCCCAGCAUAUACAGCUUACAGAGGUCCCUCUCUCUUUGCCAAGCUGUUUGAGUGGUUUCAAGUAGCUGCUUAAGACUGGCCACUUUAACAUGACUUUCAAACACUUCAGAAUCUUGAACUUUUAUGGGAUCAAUGUGCUUUACAAAUCACAUAAACUUAUAAUAAACUUAGACCAUUUUUCUGGAGAUAUAUUCCCAAUACUGCAUCUGAUGAUAAGUUCAUCUGAUCUCAGGAGCCAAUGAUUAAAAAGUCUUAUUAACAUCUAUUUUGGGACGAUUUCUCUGCAGAAUAAAAGAUUGCUUUAUAUUGC